UAUUAGACGGGUGAAGCUCCUCGUCUUUCUUCAGCUGUGAGCCUGCGCAUAUUCUUGGUCUUAGGCAGGCCUGUUUUGAUUUACCUCGUCGCGUUUGACAGAGGUGUUUGUUGCGAUGUUUCGGUGAUACUCUGUCGCGUACGUUCCGUUUGAGUCACAACGCCGUCACACCCAGGAGGAACCGCCGCCUCGGCAAAGUAUCCGCGCCGCGUUCCACAGGCCGCCAUGGCGCCAGUCGCCGCCCUGAUCCUGGCGCUGUGCUGGUGGACGGGCGACGCCGCGCCGGGUCAGCCGGCGGCCGCGUUGGCCUCGGCGCUGACGGUGCUCAAGCGGGCGGCGAGCGUCACGCCCAAGAACUUGAGCUUGGACGAGCGCGAGCCACUGCUCACGCUCACCUGCACCGUGGGGUACAGCAACUUUGGCGCCGUCUUCUGGACGCUUUACGACCGCGACCUGCGCGACAUCGGCCACGUAGAGGAAACGAGCACGCUCAUGGACGACGGCCGCACCAUCGCCAAGGUGUCCGUGCUGCGCAUCGGCGGGUGGCAGGUGCUGCCCACCGAGUCAGGCGCGUACCCGUUCAAGUGCAACACGUUCGCCGACUUCAAGGUGGCCUCCGACACGGCCCUUGUCCACAGCCAGUUGACAGACACGUGCACGUCCUCGGAUGGGAAGUGCGAGGCCCGGGGCGCUCGCUGCGUACAAGGACAGUGUGCAUGCGUCGACGAACGCCACCCCUUGCGCCUGCGCUCCGUGCACACCGUAUGCUGGCCCAAGGUCGGGCUCGGGGGCCAAUGCUACUUCCAGGAGCAGUGCAGCGCGUCGCACAGCGAGUGCGUGGUGAACCUGGGCUGGUGCGCGUGCCGCGAGGGCUACGGCCGCUCGGCCGACCGGCUGGGCUGCGAGGAGGCGGCGCCCGGCGGCCUGCGGGCGCGCUGCGCGAAGCACGCCGACUGCCGGCCGGCGCGCUGCGUGUACAGCCACUGCGAGUGCCCCGGCGGGACGCUGGUCGCCACCCGGGACGCGAACGAGUGCCUGAACGCGACCGCGGUUCCGUUGGCGUCUCCCGAGAAGAUGGCGGCGCGCGUCGUCGCACCCUGGUACUCGGCGCCCGUUCCGGCCAUGCAGGAAGCGCCCGAGACGCCCUCGUUCGGCAAGCCGCACAAGCAUAUUCGCGACUCGCCCGUUGCCGACGACUGACGAAAACAUCGAGCGCACCGCGCCAUUGGCUAGAAGGAGAAUAAAAUUCGAGGGGCACUUGGUUAUUA